AUGAGCAUAUCCCAGGACAAAGACCGUAAAAACACCAUAAAAGAUCAAAUCGAUGAAUUAGAAACGCUUGUUCAAUGGCAUGGCCUUGAAGACACGCAAAUAGUUGAACUUUUGGAAGUUAUUAUAAAGGGGAAACUUGGUGAGCUUUAA